UCUUCAAUUUCAUUCACAUUCUGAUCUCUCUCUCUCUCCUUUUUUAAUUUUUAAUUUCUGUUUAGGGAAAAUUUUGAUUUUUGGUUGAAAUUAAAAUGAUGUACGGACAGAGUAAUGGCUGUGAAUCCGAUUUUGUUCUUCUGGAAACCAUACGGCGCCAUUUAUUGGGAGAAUCCGACGCUUACCGUUGUGGGAAUUUCGCCCUUGCCGGAACCGCCUCCCCGGUUUUCUGCCGGACCGCCAGUUUCGGCAGUUUGUACCCUUGUUUGACUGAAAAUUGGGGCGAUUUGCCUCUCAAAGAGGAUGAUUCCGAAGACAUGGUUCUCGCCGGCGUCCUCCGUGAUGCCGUCAGCGUCGGUUGGGUUCCGUCGCUCGGCUCUUCCCCGUCGGAAACUUUCAAUUUUGGAUUCUCCGAUGUAAAGCCGGAGCCGGAGAUUCUCCCGCCGGUGAACAUAUUGCCGGAAGUUAAGAUUCCGGCGGCGGCGGUGCCGUUACCGGCGGUUGUUCCGGCUAAAGGGAAGCAUUACCGGGGUGUUCGGCAGCGGCCGUGGGGGAAGUUUGCGGCGGAGAUUCGAGACCCGGCGAAAAAUGGAGCCCGGGUUUGGCUUGGAACGUUUGAGACGGCGGAGGAUGCAGCGCUUGCUUAUGACCGCGCCGCUUAUCGGAUGCGUGGCUCGAAAGCUCUUCUCAAUUUCCCACUUCGAGUUAAUUCAGGCGAACCCGAUCCGGUUAGAGUGACGUCGAAGCGGUCAUCGCCUCGAUCAUCGCCGGAGCCUAUUUCGUCGUUGUCGUGGGUAGAGAGUGGGUCCCCUAAGCGACGGAAGAAGGCGGACGGCACGGCGGUGGCACCUUCUCUAGCUGCGCCGGAGUUGAUCCAAGAGGAGGUGGGGACCAAUGCAUUGCAAGUGGAAGCUGACGUGGCAAAGUGUACAAGUGGUGAGCAAUGAUUGGGGGAUUAGUGGUGUAUGUGAAAGAAGGGAAAAAUAUGAUUGGGGGAUUAGCACUUGAGAUUAAAAAAAAAAAAAGAAAAAAAAAACUCUGUAAUUAUUUUUUGAGGACAUAUUUUAGGGAUAGGAUUGGUAGAUUUUCUUUGGAGUUUCAAAAUUUUGGGAUUCUUCAAAAUAUAAAAUUUCCCAAAAAAAAAAAAAAAAAAAGAGAGAGUGGAGAAGAAGUAUUGGUACAUAAUGGGGUGGUUGGAUUUGCUAAAGCAAAUUUGUUUAUUGUUUUAAAAAAAAUAUCUUUUGAAUGGAAUUUUUCUAUUUUUUUUCA